CUUGGACAUGAUCCGUCAAUCGAAGAAAUCCCAAAAACUAAAGAGACAUUCCAGUCAAAAUACCUCUGAACGCUGUUUGAGUACGUCUUUGGAUGCAGUAUCAGAAAUAAGCAAAGAAGAUCUAAAUGAACUCCAUACUGCUUAUAAAAAAUGUAAAGAAGUUAUUAAAAAAAUUGAAUCAAAGUAUGGACAUUUAUUACACAAAGAGGACAUUGUGGAAGAUGACAUUUUGGAAGAACAAAAUAAUUCUUUAAACUUAUGUACAUGUUCUUUUAACAAAAAAAUUGUUUUUAAUGAAGAUGGACAGCAAGUAACAAGAGAUAUAGUUCCAGACUUACAUAUUUGUCCAAAAAAGUCACGAUACCUCAAUGUGUCAACAUUUAAUCCAUUACCUAAAAAUCAGCCUAAUCUCCUUAUUGAGCAUGAAUUUGAUUCCUUGCCAAGUGAUUUAAAAGAGUUGUCUGAAAUACUAAAAGAUGAAACAAUUGAUGUUGCUUACAGAAAUAAAGUAAUACAAAAAAUUAAGUUAAUUCGGCUUGAUAAUAUUAACACUAUGAGAUAUGAUAGAAAAUUUUUAAUAGAAAAAUUAAAAGUAAAACCUGAUAGUUUAUUUGAAUUUAAAGGAGCUAAUGUAUCAUCUAUACCUGGAUAUCCUGCAAAACCUGUUGAGGAUGCAUAAAAGUUGUAUAUAGCUAUUAAAAAAUCAGUAUAUUUUAUGACAUCUAAGUACUGAAAAUGUAAAAAAAUAAGUUUAUAUUCCUAAAGCCUUAGUAUUAAUAAAACAAAUACAAAAAGGACACAUUUAAAGAAAACAAUAAAAGACAAGACAAGAAUACAAAGGAGAAAAUUUGGUAAUGAUUUUGUAAUAUGUAAUAACAUUGUGAUAUAUAAAGUUAUUGUGGAGGUGUGUAUAAUUAUGUAUUUGCACUAAUAAAAAUGUUUUAUCAUAUGUCAUAUAUAUUGCCUUAAUUAUUAAGUAUCUUUUAAACUGCCUUUAAAAAAAGAAGGUGGUUAUCAAUUUUACACAAUCUUUUUUUAUAGUUAGUUAACAAUGUUUGAUAUUUGCUCUGCUUGUCUUUUUUAUGUGUUAGCACUUGUUAAAUCUGUAAUUAAUAGAGUAUAUCAAGUAAGGAAGAUCAAAAUAAAGAUAAAAAGCUGUUCUUGUAUUGUUUCUAAUUAAUUAAUUUUAAGAUAGUUUUAAUACAUUGCCUGUCUUGAUUUAUGUUAUGACAUGUAUUUUACCAGAAUAUACUCUAAUUUUUAUGGAA